AUGAAGGGAAACACCAGACAUCUCAAUGGAGAGGACGACGCCAGCGGGAGGGAAGACUCUGUCAUCGUCAACGGGGCCUGCAGCGACCAGUCCUCCGACUCACCCCCGAUCCUGGAGGCAAUUCGUACCCCUGAGAUCAGAGGCCGCAGAUCAAGCUCACGACUGUCCAAGAGGGAGGUCUCCAGUCUGUUAAGUUACACUCAGGAUCUGACAGGUGAUGGAGAAGGCGAGGGGGAAGACGGGAAUGGCUCAGACACUCCAGUGAUGCCAAAACUCUUCCGUGAAACCAGGAUUCGUUCUGAAAGCCCAGCUGUCCGAACCCGAAAUAACAACGGUGCCUCCAGCCGGGCAAGGCACAGGCCCUCCCCACGUCUGUCCCGAGGCCGGCUGGGCCGCAAUCACGUGGACGAGUCCCCUGUGGAGUUCCCGGCUACCAGGUCCCUGAGGCGGCGGGCAUCAGCAGGCACGCCAUGGCCAUCCCCUGCCAGCCCUUACCUCACCAUCGACCUCACAGAUGAUGUAGAUGACACAGAAGUGACACCCCAGAGCAGCAGUACCCCCUAUGCCCGCCUAGCCCAGGACAGCCAGCAGGACAGCUUGGAAUCUCCCCUGGUGGAUGUGGAGGGUAGAGAUGGAGACAGUGCAGAGUAUCAGGAUGGGAAGGAGUUUGGAAUAGGGGACCUUGUGUGGGGAAAGAUAAAGGGCUUCUCCUGGUGGCCCGCCAUGGUGGUGUCCUGGAAGACCACCUCCAAACGCCAAGCCAUGUCCGGCAUGCGAUGGGUCCAGUGGUUUGGAGAUGGCAAGUUCUCUGAGGUCUCUGCAGACAAACUGAUGGCACUGGGGCUGUUCAGCCAGCACUUUAACCUGGCCACCUUCAAUAAGCUUGUCUCUUACAGAAAGGCCAUGUACCACGCCCUUGAGAAAGCCAGGGUGAGAGCUGGCAAGAACUUCCCUAGCAGCCCUGGAGACUCAUUGGAGGACCAGCUGAAGCCCAUGCUGGAGUGGGCCCACGGGGGCUUCAAGCCCACUGGUAUUGAGGGUCUCAAACCCAACAACAGGCAACCAGUGGUUAAUAAGUCGAAGGUGCGUCGUUCAGGCAAUAGGAAGUUAGAAUCAAGGAAAAACGAGAGCAAGACCAGAAGACGCACAGCUGACACCUCUGACUACUGCCCCCCACCCAAGCGCCUCAGGACAAGUUACUAUAAUGGCAAAGAUCGCGGGGAGGAUGAGCAGAGCCGAGAACAAAUGGCUUCAGAUGUUACCAACAACAAGAGCAAUCUGGAAGAUAACUGUUUGUCCUGUGGUAGGAAAAACCCUGUUUCCUUCCACCCUCUCUUUGAGGGUGGGCUCUGCCAGACGUGCCGGGAUCGGUUCCUCGAGCUGUUCUACAUGUACGAUGAUGAUGGUUAUCAGUCUUACUGCACUGUGUGCUGUGAGGGCCGCGAGCUGCUUCUCUGCAGUAACACAAGCUGCUGCCGGUGCUUCUGUGUGGAGUGCCUGGAGGUGCUGGUGGGCGUGGGCACAGCGGCAGACGCCAAGCUCCAGGAGCCCUGGAGCUGCUACAUGUGCCUGCCACAGCGCUGUCAUGGCAUCCUACGGCGCAGAAAGGACUGGACCGUGCGCCUGCAGGCUUUCUUCACCAGUGAUAUGGGACAUGAAUUCGAAGCCCCCAAGUUGUUCCCUGCAAUUCCUGCAGCCCGAAGGCGGCCCAUUCGAGUCCUGUCCCUCUUUGAUGGAAUUGCGACAGGGUACUUGGUCCUUAAAGAAUUGGGCAUAAAGGUGGAAAAGUAUGUUGCCUCUGAAGUGUGUGAAGAGUCCAUCGCUGUUGGCACCGUCAAGCAUGAGGGAAAUAUCAAAUAUGUGAAUGACGUCAGGAACAUCACAAAGAAAAAUAUUGAAGAAUGGGGCCCGUUUGAUUUGGUGAUCGGUGGAAGCCCAUGCAAUGACCUCUCAAAUGUGAAUCCUGCCAGGAAAGGCCUGUACGAGGGCACAGGCCGGCUCUUCUUUGAGUUUUACCACCUGCUGAAUUACUCACGCCCAAAGGAGGGUGAUGACCGACCCUUCUUUUGGAUGUUUGAGAAUGUUGUAGCCAUGAAGGUUGAUGACAAGAAGGACAUCUCACGGUUCCUGGAGUGUAAUCCAGUGAUGAUUGAUGCUAUCAAAGUUUCUGCUGCUCACAGGGCCCGAUACUUCUGGGGCAACCUACCUGGGAUGAACAGGCCUGUGAUAGCAUCAAAGAAUGAUAAACUCGAGCUACAGGACUGCUUGGAAUACAGUAGGACAGCAAAGUUAAAGAAAGUACAGACAAUAACCACCAAGUCGAACUCGAUCAAACAGGGGAAAAAUCAACUUUUCCCUGUUGUCAUGAAUGGCAAAGAAGAUGUUUUGUGGUGCACUGAGCUCGAAAGGAUCUUCGGCUUUCCUGUACACUACACGGAUGUGUCCAACAUGGGCCGGGGCGCCCGCCAGAAGCUUCUCGGGAGGUCCUGGAGCGUGCCUGUCAUCCGACACCUCUUCGCCCCUCUGAAGGACUACUUUGCAUGUGAAUAG